AUGUUACUCGAAUUAGUAGAAAAUUAUCUCAACUAUUAUAAACUGAAUUUAGUCAAUACAAUAUUUAUUGGAUUCACUGUAAUAAUUGUGAUAUUUGGUUCGCUCAUUACGGCCGUGGAAUCCAUUCUGCCCGAUUUCAUUAAACAAUCCUUUCGUUACGGCAAACAUAAACAUAAUGGUCCCGAAAUAACGAUGGUAUCCCGUAUGGAGGUGCCCAAAUCAUGGUUUAAACAUUUCUAUAUAUUUGCUUUCUCCUGGGCAAUGUUGGCUCUAUAUCUGGUGCUCAAGGGUAUAAUUAUGCAUAGUACAGCUCCGGAAUAUGUCAUCGAAUUUUUAGACUUUAUGGCUGGUGGUUCGGAAAAUCGUCAGGUGUUAAUUAAUUCGAAUAGUGCGCUGGUGGCCAGUGUCCUAAUGGCGUUGCAGUGUGCCCGUCGUUUCUAUGAAACGAAUUUCGUACAAAUCUUUUCAAAGAAAAGUAAAAUGAAUUUAUCCCAUUACAUGGUGGGGUAUUUACAUUAUUUCGGAGCCAUUCUGGCAUUGUUGUUGAACACUGAGGGUUUUGUUAAAGAUUCCCUCCCCUCUUCAUUUAGUUUUACAAAAAUCACUUUAUUACAAUAUGUCUGCAUAUUUGUGUUUCACUUUAGCUGGUCCCAACAAUAUAAAUCGAAUAUGAUUUUGGUUAAUUUACGUAAAAAUCCCAAUACUGGUAAAGUGGAAACUGAGAAACAUUUGCUGCCAAGUGGAGGAUUUUUCCAAGUGGUAUCAUCACCCCAUAUGCUAUUCGAAAUACUUAUGUAUGUCUCAUUGUUGGGUAUUGUGGGCAAGAGUUUCACCUGGAAAUUGGUUGUCAUAUGGGUGUUUAGUAAUCAGGUAAUGAAUGCCCUGUUGACCCACAAAUGGUAUAAGGAAAACUUCAAGAAUUAUCCCAAACAACGCAAGGCUUUAAUACCAUUUUUACUUUAA